AUGAUUGCGCCGUUGUCGGUGCACUGCGGUGGGGCUCGAGCUCGCGAGGGAGUUGGUGUGGAUGCGGCGGGUGCAGCUGAGGAUGAUGUUGUAUCUGCUGCUGCUGCUGCUGCUGCUGCUGCUGCUCUAUUUGUGGAUGAUGAUGUAUUUGAGCCUGCUGUUGCAUCCGAACUGGAUGUUGCGCCGGCUGCUGAUGUUGUGGCGGCAUCAGAGAAUGAUGUUGCAUCUGCAGCUGCUGGUACUGAGCUUGAUGUAGCUGACGCUGGGUCCGUGACUGAUGCUGAGGUUGCAUCUGCUGCAGGUUCUGGUACUGGCGUAGGUGCUGAGGUUGCUGCUGGUGAUUCUGUUGUGCCUGAGAAUACCGCUGAUAAUGUAGCUGUUUUUGCUGCUGGAGUUGCGCUUGAUACAGCUGACGCUGUGUCUGUAGCUGAUUACGAGAUUGCAUCUGCUGCUGGUAACACUGCUGAUGAGUCUGCUGUGCCUGAGAGUACUGCUGAAGAUGCAUCUGUACCUGCUGCUGCUGGUUUUGAGGUUGCAUCCGCCGCUGGUGCAGGUGUAGGCGCUGAGGUUGCUGCUGGUGCUGAGAAGGCUGACACCGCAGAGGAUAUACCUGUUGUUGCUGCUGGUUCUGCCCCUGGUGCUGAGGAGUCCGAAGCUGCUGAGAAUGCACCUGUACCUGCUGCUGGCUCUGAUUCUGGCGCUGAGAAGGCCGACCCUGCAGAGGAUGUAUCUGUAUCUUCUGCUGCUGCGGAGGCUGAAGCUGCUGAGGAGACACCUGCAUCUGCUGCUGGGGCGGAGGCUGACAGUGCUGCUCCUCCUGCCCUGAUCGAGGAGUCCGACACUGCAGAGGAUGCACCUGUAGCUGCUCUGUGUGCUUCUUUUGCUGAUGAUUCUCUUCCGAGUGUUGGAAAGGCCGACACUGCUGAGGAAGCACCCGUAUCUGCUGCUCGGGCUGCUGCUCUUGAGGAGGCUGAGGUUGCAGAGAGUGCACCGUCGCCUGUAGCUGCUGUUGCUGCUGCUGGGGCUGGGGCGUAA